AUGAGCAAGCCAAUUAACGUCUAUAGCACGCCCGAUUUGCGCCAGACAUUGGACGAAGCACUUCCAUCAACUUUUCAAAGACUUGGAUUCACGCAAUCAUUCGGUCUGAUCGAUACCAAAUUGAUUUUAGGGUAUUCCAUAGCAGUUGUGGCAGGCAUUUCGUUUCUGUUGGACAAGAAAUUCAAAUUCGAAGAAAGUCUUGUGUACCAAAAACUGCUGGUCGCAAGCUAUGCUAUUUUAUCGGGUGCCUUUUGGUGGUUUUGCAAGUAUGUAGAGAAGGGCGCCAAAUAUUCGGGUACUGCCAAAGACCGAAAAAUCUCGGUAAAGACCAAGAUGGACAAGUACGAUUUCAACUACCAGGUUUUGGUACGGGACAAUCAUGGUCGGUCUGUGGAAAAUGUUUUGCCUGCAAACACUGUCUUCACUGAAGCAGGGUAUCUGCAAGCGGACAAGCUUUUCAAUUGGUUCGAGCAACAACUUGAUUCACUAGCCAAAAAAGCCAAAUAG